UUAACUCCACUCUAAUUAAGUGUGUGUAUUAGAUGUAUUUUGGUGUUUUUUAGAAUAUGUAACACUUCUCUGAGCCCUUUAAUGACCAAAGUUAUUCUGAUAGUCACCAGUGGUCACACUGCUUUGGUCAAGUCAGUCACCAUAUCACUCUGAUAUCAGAAUUCUCCAGAGCUUCGAAGUGUUUAUGAUAGAUUAUGAUGAUGGAUAGGGCUUCUGUUAGCGUCAUUUAGCUUAACACACUCGACUUACUUUGGAAAAAAAAACAUUCUAAUGAAGUAAAUGAGGAAGGAAACUAGUGAAUGUGUUCCAAGUUUCCAUUUCAGUGCAAACAACACAACAGACAAGAGCUUGCUGAAAGAGAGGGGUGAUGCAGCCAUGCUGAUGAGAAAAAUACAUUUUUCACCGGCAGUAAUUCUCAUGUUGCUGGCAGGAGUUCAGGCUCAGCACAGUGUAACUCUCUCCUCUCAGAGUCUCUGUUUUGUAAUUGGAUCUACAGUGAAAAUCCCCUGUAGAUUUACAAAACCUUAUCACUCCACAGUCACAGAGAGAGAGUGGUAUCGAGUCCAGAGCUCUGAAGGAGAACCACGAGACCUGAAGAAAGAUCAAGAAUACUUAAAAAGAGUGUUUGUAAGCACCCAGGAGUCUGGAUCUGAGCUGACAGUAACGAAUGUGAGAGUGAGUGACUCUGGAGUUUAUAACUUUAGAUUUAAAACUCAGAGCAGUGGCUGGAUAUCAGCUUCAUCUGGCGUUCAACUGACUGUUACAGACUUGCAGGUAAACGUGGAUCCUAACACUGUAGGACAGAGAGAGGUGAAAGUGACCUGUAGCUCCACAUGCAGACUCAACAGACACGGUUUCUCCUGGUACAGGAAUGGCAAUUACCAAUACAGAAAUAACGACUACAUUGUACUUGACUCCACCAGUCGAUAUAGUGAAGGCAGCUACUCCUGUGAGGUAUAUGGGACUAAACACCGCUCUCCUCCAGUGUGUGUACUGGGUAAAGAGUGUUGGGGUGUGACUUAUACUCCUGAACGUGUGUGUGCUCUGAAAGACACAUCGAUUGAUCUUUCCUGUUCUUAUAAACAUCCUGCAGGCCACACAGUGAUCAAAUCAGUGUGGUUCAUUAAAGAGCAGGUUGGUGUUGGCCCUGAGGAUGUGAGAGAGGAUGAAGAGUAUCAGGGUCGAGUGCAGUACACACAGAGCUCCCAGAAUGACUGUAGUCUGAGAAUCACUAACCUGAGAGAGAGAGACACUCAAACAUACAGGUUCAGAUUCUACACUGAUCCUACAGGCAAAUACACCGGAGAACCUGGAGUCACUCUGUCUGUUACAGAUCUGAAGGUUACAGUAUCAGACAUGUACAGUGGAUACAAGAAGCUGAGCUGCAUCACCACCUGCACUCUGUCUAACAACCCCACUUACAUCUGGUACAAGAAUGGACAGCGUGUUACUGACCAGUACAGAAAAGAACUGGAUGUCACUAGUAGGAAAGCAGGCAGCUACUCCUGUGCUGUACAAGGACAUGAGGAGCUUCGCUCUCCUGCUGUCUGUGUUUUUGGUGAGAACUGCUGGAGUGUGACUUACUCCACCCAGACUAUCUGUGCUCUAAUUGGCUCAUCAGUGGACAUGCACAGUUAUUACACCUUUCCUAAAAAUUACCAGGUCAAGAAAAUGUUCUGGUUCAUUAAAACACAGGUUGGUGUUGAGCCUGAGGAUGUGAGAGAGGAUAAGGAGUAUCAGGGUCAAGUGCAGUACACACAGAGCUCCCAGAAUGAAUUUAGUCUGAGAAUCACUAACCUGAGAGAGAGAGACGCUCAAACAUACAGGUUCAGAUUCUACACUGAUUCUACAGGCAAAUACACCGGAGAACCUGGAGUCACUCUGUCUGUCACAGGUCUGCAGGUUACAGUAUCAGACAUGUACAGUGGAUACAAGAAGCUGAACUGCAUCACCACCUGCACUCUGUCUAACAACCCCACUUACAUCUGGUACAAGAAUGGACAGCGUGUUACUGACCAGUACAGAAAUGAACUGUAUGUCAGUAGUGAGGAUGCAGGCAGCUACUCCUGUGCUGUAAGAGGACAUGAGGCGCUUUGUUCUCCUGCUGUCUAUCCCCCUAAAAACACCAGUGCAGUGGUUCUUCCCUCUGGAGACACAGUGGAGGGGGCUUCAGUGACUCUGAGCUGUAGCAGUGAUGCAAACCCUCCUGUUCUCACCUAUUCCUGGUUUAAGAAGAGUGCAGCUGCAGACACACGGCUGACAACAAGCCAGAAUUACAGCAUCAGCAACAUCAGCUCACAGGACAGUGGACUGUACUACUGCACUGCUGACAACCAGCUGGGACACCACAACUCUACACCAACACACCUGGAUGUGUUAUAUUCCCCUAAACACACCAGAGCAGUGGUUCUUCCCUCUGGAGACACAGUGGAGGGGGCUUCAGUGACUCUGAGCUGUAGCAGUGAUGCAAACCCUCCUGUUUCCAAUUACACCUGGUUUAAGAAGAGUGCAGCUGCAGACACACUGCUGACAACAGGCCAGAAUUACAGCAUCAGCAACAUCAGCUCACAGGACAGUGGACUGUACUACUGCACUGCUGACAACCAGCUGGGACACCACAACUCUACACCAACACACCUGGAUGUGUUAUACCCUCCACGAAAUCUAUCUGUGACCAUCAUUCCAUCCGUGUCUGGUGAUAUGGUCACUCUGUUGUGCAGAAGUGACUCCAACCCCAAUAGCUCUUACACUUGGUACAAGAAAACAAACGAAGGGGUGAUAUUGGUUGGUAAUGGUACCAGUUUAACUUUAUCCUCAAGAGAAGAUGGAUUUUACCACUGUACAGCAGAGAAUGCAUUUGGAAAAUCCAGUUUGGAACUUUGGGAAAAUAAAUCAGGUAUCAGAGCCGUGAAAUACGUGGCCUCUGGAGUCACUGUUGCUUUGGUUUUAUCAUUGCUGAUCAUUGCUGUCAUUCUGUGGAUGAAGAGAAAAGGACCAGUAGCAUUCACAGUCAGGAGUGAGGAGAACAGCAAAAAUGACUCUGCUCCUGUAUACAGUAACAUCUCAGCCAUGACCUCUGACCCCACACAAACAGCCUCCUCAGAAGAUCAGGACACGGUUCAGUACUCCAAUGUUUUUUUCAGACACUCACACACACAGGAAGUGCCACUCUACUCAACUGUUCAACUGCCAAAGUCUCUCAGUGAGGAACAGGAAGUAGAAUAUGCCACAGUGAACCUUGACAAAUCAAGAGCUGUUCCGGAGGAUCAAAUCUACAGCAAUCUGUCCACAAUAUCCAACAGUUAAGAAGAGUCAAAGCCAACCAUAAACUUAUAAGGUCCAGAUACUUUUCUCUCUCCGAAAGAGUGUUUAUAAAAGCAAAUUCCAAGUGAUAGUUUAGAAAUGUUAUGUUAUGGAUAUUAUGUAUAUUAAUAUUAUAUCAUGUUUAAAAACCUUAAAUAUAAAGAUUCUGUGGUUGGUCAGUUUAUCCAUGACUAUAAAACAGGUGAAUACUAAAAUGUACUAAUUCCAAGUAUUAAGCAUUAAUUGUUAUUAUAGAUUUCACUGUUUUCACUUUUUUUACCCACUUUCUAAUGUCUUAUAUUUUAUUUUUAUUUUGAAUUUGAUGUCGUGUGCUUGUAUGUUUAUAGCAUGUUAUCGAUUACAAUAAUUCUCCUUUUCAUAGUGUAGUGUAUAUACACAGUAAUUUAUUUGAAUAAAAAAUAAAGUAUUUAUUCAGUCAUGUCCCAUUAAAGCAAAAAGUUGCAACAGCAUGUCAACAAAAUGGAAGUUUAUUUAAAAAUAUGUAUAAAUGCAUUCGCUCAACGAGCAAUUGAGCAGCACUUUGUUAAAACUUCUCUAUAUGUCUUCAAGCUUCAAUAAACCCUAUUAUUAAAGACCAAAUUGGAAAAUUUGGUG